AUGGAAAAGAAAGAAGUUGUCGUGGUGGUGGUGGUGGUGGUGGUUUUGGGAGUUAUGGUGCAGGGAACCAUGGGGUUUCCAUGUGGGAGUACAUUCUUUUCUGCAUUGGUGCAACUGAUCCCUUGUAGGGCAUCGGUUGCACCAUUUAGCCCCAUCCCUCCAAACGAAGCUUGUUGUAAUGCUUUGAGAGUUCUGGGACAACCGUGUUUGUGUGUUCUUGUGAACGGGCCUCCCAUCUCUGGUGUCGAUCGUAGCAUGGCUAUGCAACUUCCUGAGAAGUGCAAUGUCAACUUCGGACCAUGCGAACUGAUGAAGGAGAAAGAACGGACGUAAAGAGCAGGUUUCUACUAGUACCACUAUUAUCAGUAGAAAAGAGGAGAGAAGUAGAGAAUAAAAGUGUUUGGGGGUGUGGUUUUAGGUGCUAAAUAAAUGUAUACAUCUAUCUACAA